UAAGAGUCGCCGAAACUGCGCUUACGUCAUUCAGACGCCCAUCCAGACAGCACUGGACUGGAGCACAGUCAUUCAGAUCUUGUGACGAGGAAGUAAGGUGUGAAAACAAGGGCUGGAUUCAUUUGAACCAUGGACUACCGUGUGCUCGGCGUAGUUUUACUGUCUUUUCUCUCCUGCACUAAUGCUGAGCAGGUGAAGUUCGCGGACUGUGGCUCAGAACAUGGUAAAGUUGCUGAGGUCGACAUCCAGCCCUGCCCAUCUCAGCCAUGCCAGCUUCACAAGGGACAGUCCUAUUCAGUCAAUGUAACCUUCACCAGCAACGUUGAGAGUCAGACCAGUUCUGCUGUGGUUCACGGAGUGGUCGCUGGCCUCCCCGUCCCCUUCCCUAUUCCUCAACCAGAUGGGUGCAAGUCUGGAAUCCAGUGUCCUAUUGAACCGCAAAAAACAUAUAGCUACAUCAACCAGCUGCCCGUUAAGGACGAGUAUCCAGCAAUAAAACUGGUGGUGGAAUGGGAAUUAAGAGAUGACUCCAGCAAAGAUUUGUUUUGCAUCAAGUUCCCUGUUCAGAUUGUGAACUGAGAAGGCCAACACUGAAGCCAAAAAUGCUUACAAAGGGAUACAAUUAAGAACCGAGGCAUCUGAAUGUGUGCCUUUUCUAUGGACCUUUUACAUUUAAUAUUAGUAGAAGCAGAUUUUAUGAUUUAUUCUAAUACUUUUUCUAACCGUGACAGAUUUGUCGUUUUAAUGUAUUGUCUUUAACUAUGCACACAGUGCCACUCAACAGAAAUUGCCUAAUCCUAGUUUGUUUCUAAAGUUAUGUUAAUGAUUCACCAGAACGAGACGCUGACAAACAGCAGUGCUCACUGAUGGUGAUUAAAUCAAGUGUGCAUUAGCUCCAGUGUGGCUAGACAGUGUUCGGAUGCGUUUAAUCAAAGUUUAUUUUAAACAACUGGUUGUGAAAUUUUCACUUACAUUUUAAAUCGGCAUAUUUAAUAAAGACUGCAUCUUAAUAUGAGAUUAUUUUCUUAAAACAUUGGCAAUGUGUCUGAUUGAAAUAAACUUUUUUUUAUUGUAAA